AUGAGAAAAAAACCCUUUAAAGACAAUGGAAUCUAUUUAGAAAAACAUGCUAAAGCACUACUGGAUUAUCAGUAGACAUCAGAAGAUGAAGAUGUCAAUACCUAAUCGAAAUAUCGAAUCAAAGCUGUCAAAUAUAAAAAUAAUCUCCUUGAAUCCCAAGAGGUAAUCAAAGCAUUAAAAAUUGAAAAUCAAGAAAGUAAAAAAAUCAUCAGCGAAUUGCUCUUGGAUAUUGAGGAGAUGAAAGAAAGGGAAAAAUUAUUGGAAUCUGAAUUAAAAGAAUAAAAAUAACUAACAUAAUCAGCAAUUCAAUAGUUGGAAUAAGAACUCUAAGAAUCAGUUGAAGAUAGAUUGCUGUAAGAACAAAAGCAAUUCUAAGAAAAACUCACCAUCCAAUCAAAUGAAGCCAUUGAAAAACUCAAGAAGCAUUUUGAUGAACAACUCCAGAUAAUUGCUCAAACACCUAAAUCUACUGCCCCACCUGCAAAAAAGAAAAAGAAGAAGAAUGCUUCCUCUAGUACCUCCAAUCUAAGACCUUAAAGUUAGACUACCGGCAGAUCUACUGCCACUGUAUCCAAAAAGAAAAAAAAAUGA